UAGAAGAAAGGAACAUUGAUGUGCAGGUCUUAAUAAUUUCCAGAUUAUUAUAAAAUAAAGUUUGUAUGUAAAUAGUCAACUAAUUAACUAAUAAAGAAACAGCUAAUCCUUUAGCUAGGCUAUACAUGCCAGGUUAAACAUCAACUUGCAUCUAUGUUUUUUGAAAUAAGAAAUGGGGUUAAUGCCGUUUCUUCUUGCUCAGAAUUUUGAGGUUCCAAGAAUCAGUUUUAACCUUCUCUUCUUGUUCUUUCUUUUGUCUUAUAAUGGAAACAAAUUGAUAAUAAAAAAAAUUAUAUAAAUGAAGGCAGAAGAAAGACUACAAAUAGUAGGGCUUUGUUCCUAUGUCCAAAACUCUAUUGCUUGUUCGUCCCGCACUGGUUUAACCUGAAUCUUAUCUAAAAGAUUCAGGUAAAGGAACAUGGAGACUAUGGAAUUGGAAACUAAUGAAAUCCAUGCUACGAACCAGGCCAUGAUUCCUGAGCCAGAAGAGGUAAAUGAUUCGCCAAUUGAGCAAGUCAGGCUCACAGUUCCUAUCACGGAUGAUCGAACAUUACCAUGCUUGACAUUUCGAACAUGGUUCCUGGGGGUCAUAUCUUGUGCUCUUCUAGCAUUCUUGAAUCAGUUCUUUGUUUAUCGCCAGAAUCCGAUAUUCAUAUCAUCAGUUGCAGCUCAGAUUGUAGUACUUCCAAUUGGAAAGUUAAUGGCAGCGUAUUUGCCGAAGAAAUUAAUUCGAGUUCCAGGAACAAAAUGGUCAUUUUCUUUGAAUCCAGGCCCCUUCAACUUAAAAGAGCAUGUCCUUAUCACUAUAUUUGCAAAUUCAGGAUCAAACCCUGUUUAUGCAGUGAAUAUACUCACCAUUGUUAAAGCAUUCUAUUACAGGGACAUACAUCCAAUGGCAGCUAUGCUGUUAACGCAAACUACCCAGAUGCUUGGAUAUGGUUGGGCUGGAGUUUUCAGAAAAUUUCUUGUUGAUUCACCUUACAUGUGGUGGCCUGCAAAUCUGGUUCAAGUUUCGCUCUUUCGAGCAUUACAUGAAGACGAGAAGAGGCCUAAAAGAGGCCUGUCAAGGCUACAGUUCUUCCUCCUAGUCCUUAUUUCAAGCUUCGCAUACUACAUCAUUCCUAACUAUCUGUUUCAAUCUAUAACUGCUAUGUCCUUUGUUUGUUGGAUAUGGAAGGAUUCCAUUACAGCCCAACAAAUAGGCUCUGGUCUUCAUGGACUUGGCAUCGGAUCGUUCGGCUUUGAUUGGUCAACCAUAUCUAGUUUCCUCGGUUCUCCAUUAGCCACUCCAGGAUUUGCUGUGCUGAACCUGUUAGCUGGUUUCGUCAUUAUCCUCUACAUCAUUAUUCCUGUAGCUUAUUGGACAGAUGCAUAUGGAGCGAAACGUUUCCCAAUUUACUCAUCCCACGUAUUCAAUUCGACCGGUCAGCCUUAUGAUAUUUCUAAAAUCAUGAAUCAAACAACCUUCUCAUUCAUAGAAGAAGCAUAUAAUGGUUAUAGCAAAGUCAAUCUGAGUAUACUCUUCGUGUACACUUAUGGUCUCAGCUUUGCUGUAUUGGCUGCUACAUUGUCUCAUGUUGCACUUUUCCAUGGAAGAAUAAUUUCGCAGCAAGCAAAAGCAGCAUUCACUGAUAAGUUUGGUGAUGUCCACACUAGAAUAAUGAAGAAAAAUUAUGAUGUUGUACCUCAAUGGUGGUUUCAUAUAAUCUUGAUUGUUAUAGUUGGACUUGCCAUGCUUGCUUGUGAAGGCUUCGGAGGACAAUUGCAGCUUCCUUACUGGGGUGUCCUGCUAGCAGUUAGCCUUGCUUUCUUCUUUACCCUUCCUAUUGGUGUUAUCCAAGCAACUACAAAUCAGCAACCAGGACUGAACGUUAUAACUGAACUUAUAAUUGGUUACAUGUAUCCUGGCAAACCUUUAGCCAAUGUGGCAUUCAAGACGUAUGGUUAUAUCAGCAUGUCACAAGCAAUUAUGUUCAUUUCAGACUUCAAGCUUGGUCAUUACAUGAAAGUUCCUCCAAAGUCCAUGUUCAUUGUUCAAUUAGUAGGCACGAUAAUUGCAUCCUCAACCUACUUUGGCACGGCUUGGUGGCUCCUGACAUCAAUUGACUUCAUCUGCCAUCCUGAAAAAUUACCUGAAGGAAGCCCCUGGACAUGUCCGGGAGAUGAUGUUUUCUAUAACGCCUCCAUCAUCUGGGGUCUGGUCGGACCAUUGAGAAUGUUCGGUCGUCUUGGUCUGUAUUACAAUAUGAACUAUUUCUUCCUUUUUGGCCUCCUGGCUCCAGUGGUCGUGUGGAUAUUCUCCCGACUGUUCCCAGAACAAAAAUGGAUAAAGCUCAUUAAUAUUCCUGUGAUCUUGAGCGCCACAGGGGCAAUGCCACCUGCGAGAGCUGUGAACUAUACAAGCUGGUUUACAGUAGGCAUCUUCUUCAACUUCUUUGUGUAUAAGAAAUACAAGAAGUGGUGGGCAAGGCAUAACUACAUCUUAUCAGCUGGAUUAGAUGCUGGAGUUGCUUUCUUGGCCAUUCUGUGUUAUUUCACUUUGCAGCUCAAGGAUAUUAAUGGACCAGCAUGGUGGGGUUUAGAGUUGGAUGAUCAUUGUCCCCUGGCAACUUGCCCAACUGCUCCUGGCAUUGUUGCUGAUGGGUGUCCUGUUUUAUAGUCACCAUUCCAUGAAUCUUUCAAAACAUGUUUUCUGUUUUAAAUGCUCUAACACUUCCAUUCUACACGGAAAAGGAAGAUUGCAAGAAUGUGGAAGUGAACUGUCAUUUUUCCUUCCUUUUUUUUGUUUUUUUGAAUGUGUAGUUGAAUUUGAAGGCAAA